AUGGACAAAUACAACAGCACCACUAACCACACUGCCUAUACAGACACCACCAACCCCCGCCUUCUCAAUGGCAUUAUUGUGUUGCUACUUUUGGUGCUCAACCUAUCUGGCAACAGUGUGGUCUUCUACAUCUACAGUUUCAGAGUGAAGGCCAGUGUCUUCUCCUUCUUCGUGACCACUCUGGCUGGACUAGACAUCAUCACAGCACUCACAACCAUGCUGCUGGACGCCAUCAUCAAAGUGCGACCCCUGGACGAGGACAGGCUGGACCUCAACACCCUGUGCAAGAUCACCCACUUCCAAGUGUAUUCCCACAGCCUCAUCAGCGGCUGUGUGCUGACACUUAUAGCCUAUCAGAGAUACAGAAAGAUCUGCCAUCCUUUGAAGCCAAGUCUGACAAUGAAGAUGGCCAAACUGGCGCUCGUGGUUAUCGUUUUAUUCUGCAUUCUUUUAAGUGUCUGCACACUUGUUAUCAACGGACCAAAGGACAUCCCAGUGAAGAUUGGCGAUCAUGUCAUUAACAUCACCAUCUGCCGAUAUGAUCAGAAAUACGAGGGGAAAAUCUAUCAGACCGUUUUUUCAUUUAUUCUUCUGUCGGCUUUUACGAUUGUUCUGUGUCUGACGAUCAUCUUCUACGUCAUGGUGGCCAAGUCGCUGAAAAAAUUUUUUGACAAUGACAGCAGACGAAUUUCAAUGAGCAGUCCAGUGACCCUUGAAACAGACAUUCAAAACAAGAACCACGUCUAUAGCGAGGACUCUGCUGAACAGCGCCGCAGACAGUAUCAACAGCAGUGCCACCUGGCUCGCAUGUCCAUCAUGUCGUCCGGCGGCAACAGCGAGCGCAUCUCCUCGCAGAUGUACCGGGUGUUUGCUAUUAUCACACUGGUGUUCAUUGUCAGCUACCUGCCUCACCUGAUUGUGCUCAUUCUCACUAAGUCGCUUCAGCUGGACAGUCAGAUUCUAACCAAUACUGAGAGAAUCCUCAUGGACCUGGCAUACAACUGCCCUUACAUCAGCACCGUGGCAAAUCCAAUCAUCUACGGCUUCCGCAGUGCUGAGUUCAGAGAGCAUUGUAAGAUUAUCUUUACUUCCAGACAGUGGAGACGACGCAGAGCCUACCGGCGAUAA